AUGUCGUCAUUUCUUCUCAACUCAAGAAGUAACAAUACGAACAAGACAUACUUUUCAAGUUUCAACAGAUGGAGCCCAUUUAUCAAAGAACAUGGUUUUAAUAAUUUACCCGCUGCUCCUAUUCACGUCGCAUUGUACAUAACUAAUAUGAUAGACAAAAACUGUUCUCCUAACGUUAUUAAUAGUGCUAUUUAUUCUUUGAAAUGGGUACAUGAGCUGAAUGGUUUUGCUGACCCUACUGAUAAUCAAUUCGUUACAUUACAAGAAUCAGCCAAGAGGUUAAACGGAAAACCUGUCAACAAGAAAGAUCCUGUUAGUAUCGACAUUAUUUUUGAACUAUGUACAAAAUUCAAAGAUUCUAAUGAUUUAUUAAUUGUAAGAGAUUUAGCAAUAUUAUGA